UCUUCUGCUACAGCCAUGGCACCCAAAAAGAGCAAAGCGACCAAAAAGAGCAAAGGAGACAUAAAUGACAUCAUGGUUGAGAACAGCCCCAUUAACAAGUUUAAUGGACUAAACGCUCUGAUUGAGGGAGGAAAUGGCUUCAGUUGCAUCUCAACUGAAGUGACAGAUUCCGUGUACGCACCAAACCUCCUGGAGGGUUUGAGCAACAUGCGACAGGAAAGUUUCCUCUGUGACCUGACCGUCACCACCAAAUCAACCACAUUUGACGUCCACAAGGUGGUCAUGGCCUCUUGCAGCGAGUAUAUCAGGAACAUCUUGAAGAAGGAUUCGAGCCUCCAGAAGAUUGACCUGAAUGACCUCUCAUCUGUUGGUCUAGCAACUGCAAUUACAUAUGCAUACUCAGGAAAGCUUACCUUGUCCCUUUAUAGUAUUGGCAGCACCAUUGCUGCAGCCAGAUUGCUUCAGAUCAGUACCCUGGUAAAAAUGUGCAGCGAUUUUCUCAUGCAGGAACUCAGCGUGGAAAACUGCAUGUACGUGGCCAAUAUUGCUGAUGCCUAUGACCUUAAAGAAACCAAGGAAGCAGCUCAAAAGUUCAUGCGGGAGAACUUCAUUGAGUUUUCCGAAAUGGAGCAGUUCCUGAAGCUCACAUAUGAGCAGAUCAACGAAUUUCUCUCUGAUGAUUCCUUACAGCUCCCCUCUGAGGUCACGGCCUUCCAGAUCGCCAUGAAAUGGUUAGACUUUGACGAGAAAAGGCUGAAGUACGCAGCAGACCUCCUGACUCACAUCCGGUUCGGGACGAUCUCUGCCCAAGACCUAGUGAAUCACAUCCAGAGUGUGCCCAGAAUGAUGCAAGACCCCGAGUGCCACCGCCUCCUCGUUGAUGCCAUGAAUUACCACUUGCUGCCAUAUCAGCAAAACAUCCUGCAGUCGAGGAGAACAAAGAUACGAGGUGGUCACAAGGUGAUUCUCACAGUUGGCGGACGUCCUGCCUUGACGGAGAAAUCGCUCAGCAAAGAUGUUCUCUACAGAGAUGAAGACAAAGUUUGGAAUAAAUUGACGGAAAUGCCAGCAAAGAGUUUCAACCAGUGUGUGGCAGUACUGGAUGGCUUCCUGUAUGUAGCAGGUGGUGAGGACCAGAACGAUGCGAGGAACCAGGCAAAACAUGCUGUUAGCAAUUUUUGCAGGUUCGACUCCCGCUUUAACACUUGGAUUCACUUGAGCAACAUGAUUCAAAGACGCACCCACUUCAGCGUCAAUACCUUCAAUGGCCUCUUGUUUGCCAUUGGUGGUCGAAAUGCUGAUGGUGUUCAGGCCUCCGUGGAGUGCUAUGUACCCUCCUCUAAUCAGUGGCAGAUGAAAGCUGCCAUGGAGGUGCCGCGCUGCUGUCAUGCCAGCUCCACUAUUGAUGGUAAGAUCCUUGUAUCGGGAGGCUACAUCAACAACGCCUACUCCAGGGCUGUGUGUGCUUAUGACCCCUCCACCGACACCUGGCAGGACAAGAGCAGUCUGAGCACCCCCAGAGGAUGGCACUGUGCUGCUACCAUUAGAGAUCGAGCCUACGUGAUUGGCGGCAGCCAGCUCGGAGGACGAGGAGAGCGAGUUGACGUUCUCGUUGUUGAAUCUUACAACCCGCACAGUGGCCAGUGGAGCUACUGUGCGCCCCUUCAUAUUGGGGUCAGUACGGCUGGCAUUUCCAUUUUGAACAACAAGAUCUAUCUCCUCGGGGGCUGGAAUGAGGGUGAGAAGAAAUACAAGAAAUGUAUUCAGGUUUACAACCCUGACCUCAAUGAAUGGACUGAAGAUGACGAGUUGCCAGAAGCUACAGUUGGCAUUUCAUGCUGUGUCGUCACGAUACCAACAAUGAAAACACGAGAAUCCAGAGCUAGUUCAGUUUCAUCUGCACCAGUCAGUAUAUAGAGGUGCAGAUCUCUGAUAUAGUUCAGUCUACACAUCUUCACUUCUUCUGUUGCAUUCUUGGUACCAAAUGGACAUCAGGUUUCUUUAUUUAAGAUUAGGAUACGUGUAAGGUUUACCACAUUUUUAGAAACUAUUUCAUAAUUGCUACACUUAGCAAUGUUUUUGCAAAAUAUUCUUUUUAAAUUAUACAAAUAACAUAUAAUAACAAAUUUAUUAAGGGGCCAAUUCAAGCCAUUAUGCUUUAGCAAAUAUGAAAAAACUCAGACAUUUUUAAUCUAACCACUCCAUGUGUUGAAAGAAAUAUAAAAGCAAUAAUGUUGACCUAGGUUAUGCUGCCUUCGUUACUGUGACCUUUACAUACUGUACUUGAAUAGAAUAAAAAGCUGACGCUGGAAUAAGUAUGAUGACACCUACCAGGAGUAGGUGCUUGUGAUCAGUGCUUCAGCAUACAAUCAACCAACAGGUUCUUUAUAUGAUCUCAGCUGCAGCAUACAGUACUCCUAUGCUGUAUUUAUUUUAUUUUCUAAUCCCUACUGGUAUAAUUGAAGCAGGUUCUGUGCUAAAAAUAGCUGACGGCUGAAUGAGUUCAAAUGAGACAGAGGUACAUUUAUUUUGUAGAAAAUACAGAGAAAAAAUCCAAGAUAGCAACAAUGUUCAGAGCCUGAGCUUGUCCAGAAGAUCAUGAAUUUCCUGACUGCUCAUGUCUUUCUGUUUUAUGUUUGCUUUUAAAUUAAAGUGAUGACUUGUAAUCUC